AUGCCCUGGCUGGGCAUGGCGAGAGGACGCGAUGACCGGGCCACACGACACCGUGACGACGGCGAAUAUCUCGACGAACGAGAGCGGAGGCACCGGCGCCGCCACAAAUCUCGCGACCACGACGACGAACCCACAGCUUCCACACGCGAAAGGAGAGAGCGCCGACGGGCAGAGGAGGCAAGGAGACAGGCCGAGGUCGACAUUGAGGAUAUUAGAGCGCGCAGAGAGUCGUACUACUCACGCAACGAGGCUGAGAAGAGGCGCGACCGCGAUCGCGUGGUAUCAGACAGCAAACGCGCACCGGCCAAGGAGAAACCACGGAGCAGCCGUGAGAAGGAGGUGCGACGGGACAGCACGCGGAAGCCCAAGAGAGCAGUAAUACCUGAUGACCACGACGACUUCGUCUUUGGCCGCCCCAAGUCCAUGGGUCACGUUGAGGAAGUCCCUGUGCGACGAGCAUCUGGGCGCAAGAGAAGCGAGGAAGGCGGCUCUUCUAGCAGGACUGCCUACACUCCGCAUUCAGGUUCUGGAUCUGCGUCAGUCCGCAGGGUCGAAGUUCCGCCAUUGACCAGGACGCAGUCGGUCAAGGAUGCUGCCCGUCGGAGCACCGGGGGCAUCUUGUCAAGCUUCUUCUCCAAGGCGGCGCCUCCAGUUUCGCGAACGCCUUCGCGCAAGGCUGAAGAGAAAACGGUCGACUGUCUCGUGUGCAUGAACGAUGACCUGCCCAUCACCAAGACCGUCAAGCUCGCAUGUGGCCAUCGCAUGUGCUACUCGUGCCUCAAGCGCCAAUUCACCCUUUCCGUAAAGGACCCUGCUCACAUGCCACCACGAUGCUGCACCUCAGAGCACAUCCCAUUGAAGUAUGCCGACCGCCUCUUCGAUGACAAGUUCAAGGUCCAAUGGAACCGGAAGUUCCAAGAGUACACGACUGCCAACCGCCUAUACUGCCCCACGAAAGGGUGUGGCCAGUGGAUCAAACCUUCCAAGAUCAAGAUGGACCCGACAUACGGACGCAAGUACGCACGCUGCAGCACGUGCAACACCAAGGUCUGCGUACUCUGCAACAGCAAGUUCCACACGAAGCGCGAAUGCCCCAAGGACGAGGAGACCAACCGCCUGGUAGAGAUGGCCAAGGAGAAGGGCUGGCAACGAUGCUACAGCUGCAAGGCUGUAGUCGAGCUGAAGGAAGGUUGCAAUCACAUGACCUGCCGCUGCACAGCACAAUUCUGCAUGGUCUGCGCCGCCCCAUGGAAGACAUGCAGCUGCCCCUGGUUCAACUACCAACACAUCCCCGAUGGCGACCAGCUCAACGACAUGCGCGUCCCCUACCCGCAGCAAGCCCGCUACGCCGAUGUUGAAGUCAUCGAAAUCCCCAACGAGCCCUCGCCACCCCUCGCCCGCCGCCCCAGCGUCCGCACCCCACGCAACCGCAGCGAACGUGACCUCCCCCGACCCGAAUCCCGCCGCCUGUCCGCUCACCUCCGCGACUCACUGCACCUCAACCCCACGCCCACCGUCUCCUCCAUCCGCCGCACUGAACCCGAGGUGCAAAUGUACGGCGUCGGCAACGCAGGUGGCCACCACAUGAACGACUCGUACGCCAUCCGCUCCAUGCCCGCAUCCGUCGCGCGCACCGCAGCCCGCACAUCCACUCCACGCACGUCAACCCCACGUGGCGCGUUCUUCACCAGCAGCAGCAGUACACGCCGCGCUGCGCCCGCCCCUGCACCCGUUGCCGCCCCUCGCGUCCGACCCGCAUCCACACCUGUCGUCACCUCCUCCACCAUGGCCGGUCUCUCUCGCGAUGGCCGCAAGGUUGGCCAGAACCGUGUCGGCACAUGGCUCACUCAUGUCCAAAUCGACCCCGAAGCUACCAACACAGCUGCCCGGGAUGUCGAAGUGGAUGACUGGAGGUGCGAUGGUACCAUGAUUGGUAUCGACUAG